AUGUCGUCCACGCUUCUCGCCGCUUCAGUUGCGGGCCUGGCCGUCCUCUACCUCUACCACGUCAACCGAGGAAUGACUCAAGUCCCAGAGGAAGCUCGUCUAUUAUCUCCUCGCCGCUGGACCGUUGAGGAAAUCAAGGACGCUUAUCGAAAGGCAAUUGAGUCCCCAGUAGAUGUGAGCAAGAGCCUUCCUCCAAAGCAACAUAGACGAUACAUUGUUGUGGGCGGAGCAGGACUUGUUGGGAAUUGGAUCGUAACGCAUCUUCUUGCUCGCGGCGAGGACCCAACUGCCAUUCGCGUCCUGGAUCUUCAGUCGCCCCGUCAGCAAAUCCUGGACCAGGGAGUGGCCUUUGUCAAGAUCGAUAUCACCGAUGGAAGGGCCGUUCAGGCUGCAUUCGCGCAACCGUGGCCGCAAGAGGUCGCCAGCCUUCCACUGACCGUCUUCCACAAUGCCGCUGUUAUCAGACCCGGAGAGCACGUCCUGACCGCGGCAAAGCAACACGGCGCAAGCUGUUUCGUGUCGACCUCGUCCGGCUCCGUGGUCCUCCGCCGUCCAUCGUUUUGGAUCGCGCCCUGGACCAAGUGGCCCAAGGGCGUCGUCCAGAUUCUCAGUGACGCGACAGAGACGCCCAAGCAGCACGACCAGUUCUUUGGCAACUACGCCGUGUCCAAAGCCGAGGCCGAGCGCAUCGUCCGCGCCGCCGACAGCCUCGAAUCCAACUUCCGCACGGGCUGCAUCCGACCCACAAACGGCAUCUACGGCGUCGGCGACACCACCAUCACGGGCAGGUAUCUGCUCGCGGGCGGAGCCCCAAGCUGGACCUACCCCGUCAUCCAAAGCUUCGUCAACGCCGAAAACGUCUCCCUCGCCCACCUCCUCUACGAGCAGCGCCUGCUCGACCACACCGCGAACCCCGCGCAAUUCCCCAACAUCGGCGGCCAGGCCUUCGCCGUCACCGACCCCAACCCGGCCAUCGCCUUCAGCGACAUCUACCUCCUCCUCACCACCCUCGCAAAGACCCCCCUGCGCUUCCCGCACGUCGCCCCCGUCCCCGUCCUUCUUCUCUCGUACCUGCUGGAAUGCUACGCCCUCCUCCAGCACCUCUGCCUGCCCCGUCUCCUGCCAAAGAUCACGGGCGAUCUGGCGGAUCUCCAGCCCGCUCUGUUCGCCAUCUCCGACGUGCAUACCUUCGCGGACGACUCGCGCGCGCGCAGGGCCCCCGCCGACGGGGGGCUGGGCUAUCUUGCGCCCUUCACGACGCUGGAUGGGAUGUGCAAGCAGGUGCUUGAGUGGAAUCGGAGUGCGGGGGAGGAGACCGUUGCUGCGGUUCGGGGGAAGGGGGCGGAUGUGAAUUUGGUGGUUCCUUCGAAGAAGUUGUGA